GUCUCCGUGUGUAACAGCUCUCAUCUCACUGUGUUUAGAGGAGUCAGGUCUGAUAUCACUGUCUCAAGGCACACUUCUGGCGGUGUUUGGACAGGUGUAGAGAGCUUUCUGGCCCCUGUGACUGUGAGGGUCUGUCCAGGUGCGGCUCCGCUCCGUGUGACGCCCGGCGCGUGUUUUCCAGCGCGCCGCCGCAGUGACACACACACACACACACACACACACACACCUCAGAGGCUCUCUGAUACUCUCUCCGCACGCAGCACCAAACCAGUGGAAUUUCCUCAAGUUUUUCUGAAAUCGACUGAGUGUGCUGCAGUCCCGUCCGGGUACCGGGAACGGGUCGGUGAACGGCUCGGGGAAUCGCGACGCCGGGGACGCGCGUGGCUCUGAUUUAGACGCGCGUUCUUCGCGCUCUGCCCGAAACUGAGAGUUGCAUGCUGCGGGACAACCCCGGCUGUCGAGAACGACGACAUGCUGCUGUUAAACGUGCCCUGGGCGCUCGCUGUCCUCAUCUUCCGGUGCUCGUAGGCCGGAGCCGGUUCUGGAUCUGAGAUCUACCUGAGCGCGCGAUGAGAGGCUGACUGAGAAACCCUCGCUUUUAUUGCGUGGAUAGAUCGAUCUGCUGGGACUGUUCCUCAGUCUAUGGAGCAUGACUGGUGAAAGGUGGAGAGCAGCAGAUUGCUGAUGUCUGUGUGGCCUGCAUUCGGUCUCGAUCCUCUUUACAAUCUGAACUAUUGUCCAGCAUCUGGAGACGCUCUCGAAUAACCAGAAUGGCUCCUUCACUGUGGAAACGUCCCCUGGUGCAUGGGCUUGUGCUAGCUGUGAUUUUUUUCCAAACUUCAGAAGCGUUCAGUCGUGCAGCACUGCCGUUCGGUCUGGUGCGGAGAGAGCUGUCCUGUGAGGGUUACCCCAUCGAUCUGCGCUGCCCGGGGAGUGAUGUCAUCAUGAUCGAAACCGCCAACUACGGCCGCACAGACAACAAGAUAUGCGACGCCGACCCCUUCCAGAUGGAGAACAUUAAUUGCUACCUCCCGGAUGCAUAUAAAAUCGUAUCUCAAAGGUGUAACAAUCGGACGCAGUGUGUUGUCAUCACUGGCUCGGAUGUCUUUCCAGAUCCAUGUCCUGGGACGUACAAGUAUCUUGAGGUCCAGUAUGAAUGUGUGCCAUACAUUUUUAUUUGCCCUGGGACUCUGAAAGCAGUAGGAGAUCCUGCCUUUGUCUUUGAGGCUGAACAGCAAUCCGGAGCUUGGUGCAAAGACCCCCUGCAGGCAGGGGACAAGAUCUACUUCAUGCCGUGGACACCGUACCGCACUGACACGCUCAUAGAGUACGCCUCGCUCGAUGACUUGCGAAGCGGCCGACAAACUACUACCUACAAGCUUCCACAUCGCGUUGACGGAACUGGAUUUGUGGCCUAUGACGGGGCCAUCUUCUUUAACAAGGAACGCACAAGAAAUAUCGUAAAGUUUGAUCUGCGGACUCGGAUAAAGAGCGGGGAGGCCAUAGUCGCCAAUGCCAACUACCACGACACCUCGCCCUAUCGCUGGGGUGGGAAAACAGACAUUGACUUGGCGGUGGACGAGCGGGGACUCUGGGUUAUCUACGCUACAGAACAGAAUAACGGACGUAUUGUUCUCAGCCUGCUCAAUCCUUAUACUCUGCGCUUUGAGGCCACAUGGGAGACCGUCUACGACAAACGCUCUGCCUCCAAUGCCUUCAUGGUGUGCGGUAUUCUUCACGUAGUCCGCUCCACCUAUGAGGAGAAUGAAAGCGAGGCCAGUAAGAGCCAAAUUGACUAUGUGUAUAACACCAAACUAGGGCAAGGGGAAUCCGUCAAUAUACUCUUCCCUAACCAGUAUCAGUACAUCGCAGCUGUGGAUUACAACCCAAGGGAUAACCAACUAUACGUGUGGAAUAAUUUUUACAUUCUGCGAUACAAUCUGGAGUUUGGACCACCCGAUCCGGAUGAAGUACCAACGGUCUCUGAUGACGUUACAUCCACAGUGCAGCCCAGAAGAUCCACUCCUGCCUUCAGGACCAGCACCUCCAGCAUCACCCCGAGACCCUCGCUCAGCAUCAGCAUCACUCCUGACCCGCCCCCCUCCGGCAGGCGCUUCUGUGACGGGACGGAGAGCAGAGGGAUCUCCUGGCCACAGACACGCCGAGGAGUCACAGUGGAGCGGCCGUGUCCUAAAGGAACGCGAGGAAUCGCUCUGUUCCUCUGCACGUCUGCCGACGGGAUCUGGAGUCCCAGAGGUCCUGACCUCAGUAACUGCACGUCUCACUGGGUGGCACAGGUGGCACAGAAGAUCCGGAGCGGUGAGAACGCUGCGAACCUGGCGAACGAGCUGGCGCGUCACUCCUCGGGUCGCGUGUACGCGGGCGACGUCAGCUCCUCUGUGCGGCUCAUGGAGCAGCUGGUGGAUAUACUGGACGCUCAGCUGCAGGAGCUCAAGCCCAGCGAUAAAGACACGGCCGGACGCAGCUUCAACAAGGCCAUUGUGGACACGGUUGACAACCUCCUGAGGCCAGAAGCCCUUAAAUCCUGGGAGGACAUGAAUUCGACGGAGCAAACGCAUGCUGCCACGAUGUUACUGGAUACCCUGGAGGAAGGAGCCUUUGUCCUCGCAGACAACCUAAUCGAGCCCGCAGUCGUCAGAGUGCCUGCCGAAAACAUCAUGUUGGACGUGUACGUGUUGAGCACCGACGGCCAAAUUCAGGACUUCAGGUUUCCACAGACCAGCAAAAGAGGAGCCACGGUCCAGCUCUCAGCAAACAUGGUCAAGCUAAACAGUAAAAACGGUGUUGCCAAGUUGGUUUUUGUCCUUUAUAAGCACUUGGGGCAGUUUCUGAGUACGGAGAACGCCACGGUGAGGCUGAUGGGAGAGGACGGAGUCAGAAACCACAGCCUGACUGUCAACUCACACAUCCUCUCCGCCUCCAUCAACAAAGAAUCCAGCCGCGUGUUCGUGUCCGAACCACUCAUCUUCACUCUGGCACAUCUGGACACUGAGAACUACUUCAAUCCAAACUGCUCAUUUUGGAACUAUUCUGAGCGGAGCAUGAUGGGAUACUGGUCGACACAAGGCUGCAAACUCCUCGCCACAAACAAGACUCACACCACUUGCUCCUGCAGUCACCUGACGAACUUUGCAAUCCUGAUGGUCCAUCGAAAUGCACACGCGGGUGUGGGAAGCGUUCACGAGCUCCUGCUGACAGUUAUCACACGAAUGGGCAUCGGUGUUUCGCUUGUCUGCUUUGCCGUUAGCAUCUUCACUUUCUGCUUCUUCCGUGGUCUCCAGAGUGAUCGAAACACCAUCCACAAGAACCUCUGCAUCAACCUCUUCAUCGCAGAGCUUCUGUUUCUUGUGGGCAUCAACAUGACCGAAACUCCGAUUGUGUGCUCUGUGAUUGCUGGAGUUCUGCAUUUCUUCCUCCUUUCUGCCUUUGCCUGGAUGUGUUUGGAGGCCGUUCAAUUGUUCCUCAUGCUUGUGGAGGUCUUUGAGAGUGAAUUCUCCAGACGAAAAUACUAUUACGCGUCUGGCUACCUGUUCCCUUGUGUGGUGGUUGGCAUUUCGGCAGCCAUUGACUAUAAGAGCUAUGGGACGAGGAAAGCCUGUUGGUUGAGGGUUGAUAAUCAUUUCAUUUGGAGUUUCAUUGGCCCUGUAACGUUCAUCAUUUUGCUCAAUCUCAUCUUUCUGCUGGUGACCGUGUACAAGAUGGUAAAGCACUCAAUGUCUAUGAAACCUGAUUCCAGUCGACUGGAAAGCAUACGGUCCUGGGUGUUUGGUGCGUUUGCACUGCUGUGUCUGGUUUGUCUGACGUGGUUGUUCGGCCUGUUUUUCUUGAACGACUCUUCAGUCAUCAUGGCGUACCUCUUCACCAUCUUCAACACUUUACAAGGGAUGUUCAUCUUCAUCUUCCACUGUCUUCUGCAGAAGAAGGUGCGUAAAGAGUACAGUAAGUGUUUCCGGCAGUCUCAGUGCUGUACUGGUCUUCCUGCUGAAGGAUCUCACGGGGUUAAUAAAACCUCGGCCUCCAGGUCCACUGCUCGAUAUUCAUCUGCUACACAGAGCCGCAUCAGGAGCAUGUGGAACGACACUGUGAGGAAACAAUCAGAGUCGUCCUUCAUCUCCGGAGAUGUCAACAGCACUUCCACUCUGAACCAAGGAAUGACCGGCAACUAUCUGCUAACUAACCCUCUCCUCAGACCUCACGACACUAACAACCGCUAUAACAACCUUCUCGCCGAAACCAUCGUCUGCAACACCCCUUCUCCAGGCCAGCACUCGUUAACUAACAGCCGGGAUGUCAGCACCAUGGACACGCUCCCUCUCAACGACAACAUCAACAACAGUUACUCACCGCGAGAGGACGACUACGAAGACCCCACGUUGUGCUUCCCGCCCGGUGACGCUUUGGAUGACGCUGCCUUUGAGAAGAAGAUCAUCUCCGAGCUGGUUCACAACAACCUGAGGCCUCGCCGGCCACCACCACAAAACCAAACCAGCUCAAAAUGCCCCCCAGCGUCUGACAGCAGCCUCCGGGGUCUGCAGGAAACCUUAGACGUGGCUGUCGGGAUUAGAAACCGGAGUGAAGAUGAUGCCAAAAUUGCCGACACCUCCGUUUUGCCACCUUCCUCUAGCCACCCGGCCCUAGAGCUUCUUCUCCUUCAUCCAAACGACCGGGAGGCCCUCGAAUCCCCACUUUUGCCCCAACAAACUCAUUCGCUUCUUUACAGCGCUCAAAAGGCAUCCCAACAGGCUGUCAAACUGCAGAAGGACUGCAGAAAGAGAGAAGAGGAUGAGGAGAGCGCGAAAGAGUUAGACAACACACCCUCUCCAAAUAACAGGGACUCAUUGUACACAAGCAUGCCCAAUCUCAGAGACUCUCAGUCCUCUGACUCCCCCGACCUUGUCAGCGGACAGGAUGAGGGUUCUCCUUGCUCAUCCGCCCAAAGUGAAACUGAGGAACAAUGCUACAAGAGCUUGCCCGACCUGGGAGAUGGGACUCAACCACUUUCCUACUAUCAGAUUAGCCGUCGAGGCACUAGCGAGGGCUGUAUUGGCCCCGGGCUCCCCGAGGGAGAAGUCUCUAGUGAUGGACAGAUGCAGCUCAUCACCAGCCUCUGAGCCAAGAAUGUUCCCUUUCCUUCGUUUUAUUCUUUUGCUUCUCCCAUCCACAGACAACACUAAGACAGGACUGGUCAAUGGCACAAUGAAUUGUUUUAUAGUAAUCGAACUGAUGGUCAAUCAAACUGCUCGAAGUGAGCAGAAAGUGUCAAGACUGGCAUCAUCAUCAUCAUCUGCCAAAAGAUUUGUACAGUAUAUAUAUAUAAAAAAGAAACAUGCAAACAAUGUCUCAUUUUUGUAGGACUUUGUAAACUCUCCCAGCCUGUUUGCAGGUGAAUCCUCCCUUCUUUGAAAUACAGAAAAGACUAUGAUACAGAAAAUGAAAAGAAUGAAUAAAUAUCCCAGACUCAGGCCUUAUAUUUUCUCUAUUGCACAAAUAGCUGUUGUACAAAUGACAACUAAAGAAAAUCUAUUUUGCAGUACCAGGUGUUAAAAAAAAACAGCCACCACAUCUCCACUUGUGAAUGAUGUUUUCGGUUAUGGAUUGUAUAAUGGAGGUUGUAUUUUGAAAAUGUAAAUAUACAAAAAGGAGCUUCCUUGUUUUUUUUUUAGCUUAAAGGAAGUUGUGUCUUGCACAAAUUUGAAGUGAAUUUGAUUUUUAAAAAAUGCUUUGAAUUUGUCAGGGAUCUAUUACAUUAAUGUGUGUCAACACAAUGUCUUAAAAACAUAUCUCAGUAUUUGGCACUAAAUAAUUUAUUAUAUGAAGUAUGGAAUAAAAAAGGGUUGGAACGAAAGUGGGUGUGAUGUAAAUGUUGAUACUCACUUCGGUCUUUUUUUAAAACUCCAUUGUCAUUGCAGAUGUACAUUCAACUCUUGUUUGAUAUUGAAUAAAUGUGAUGAUUUUUUCUUGUUUGUAGAUA